AUGGCUCGGAUAACCUUUUUAGUUUAUAUCGCUAAUGGGUUGCCGUUCAUUGGGUUUGGUUUCUUGGAUAAUGCCAUCAUGAUCGUUGCAGGGGAGUACAUUGAUCUUACUUUCGCUUCUCUGUUUGGUUUGUCAACAAUGGCAGCUGCUGGACUUGGGAAUCUAGUCUCCGAUAUAUUUGAUCUUUUGACUCAAGAAUUUUACAGUCCAAUAACGCACCGUUUUUAG